AUGAUGCAACACAGCCCCGACCUGCAGCGCGCUUCCCUAGCAUUACCGCUCGUCCCAGAGGCGGCUGAGAUGAGACCGGCUGAUGUUAACGACGCGGCUGCAGCAGCACCUACGAUGGAGCCCACCACAGAGCGCCAAGUGGACACAUGCCACGCCAUACGACUGAAUGUACCGGAGAUGGACACCAACAACCUACCGUCGUUUUUCUGUGCUUUAGAACAUUGGUUCGCAGCAUCCGGUAUCACCGCGAAAAUGGACAACCGACGUUUCCAUAUAGCGAUGGCUCAGAUACCUCUUCGUUUGUUCUCGGAGCUACAACCGCUACUAGGAAACGUGCCUGCGACUGACCGAUACGAUUUCGUAAAAAAAACCAUCCUCGCACAUUACAGCGAAUCUCAACGCAGGCGACUACAUCGGUUAUUGUACGCGACCGAGUUAGGAGACCGCAAACCGUCCCAGCUACUUGCGGAGAUGCGUCGUGCCGCUGGCGAUACGAUUAUCGAAUCGCUCCUGGUGGACCUCUGGAUUGGGAAGCUACCUCCACACGUGCAGUCGGCCGUUAUCGCCGCACAAGGAGCAACAGCAGACAAGACCGCCGUUGCCGACGCUAUAAUGGAUUGCAUUUCACCUCUCGCCACGACCAGCGCUUGCAACACCAUGGCCGAGGUACGCACGACGACCGAUUUCGAAGCACAAAUGACGCGGAAAGUGGACGACCUUAGCCGCCAGCUCAACGAGUUCAUGCGACAGUGCCGCCAAAGCGACCGCUUCCGGACUCACCCUCGUUCACAGCCACCAACACCGUCACGUCGUGUCACUGAUGCCACCGAUGGACAGUGCUACUACCACCGCCGUUUUGGAAGAACAGCACGAUCCUGCCGACAGCCUUGCUCGUAUCCAGCCCCCGUGUCCCCGAGCUCGGGUCAACCGCCGUCAUCAGCAUGA